AUGGCCAAUCCCAGUACUAUGCAAGCGGUGGUUUUUAAGGCACCUUACAAGGUUGCCGUCGAGCAGCGCCCAAUUCCUCACGUUCAGGAUCCCGAAGAUGUUGUUGUCAAGGUGGGUUAUACCGCGCUGUGUGGGAGUGACCUGCAUACCUAUCGUGGCAUUGAGCCCAGUCCAGAAGGGCCUAUUAUGGGCCAUGAGUUCAUGGGAGAGGUCGUUGAGAUUGGCUCUGCAGUGAGGACCUUGAAGAAGGGGGACCGUGUUGUGAGCGCCUUCACGACUUCUUGUGGCAAAUGCUUCUACUGUAAGCAGAGUUACUCCUCCCGCUGUGAGAAGAGCACCCUCUUUGGAUGCGAGAAAUUGGACGGUAGCCAAGCUGAAUAUGUUCGGGUGCCUAACGCUGAGGGUACCGUGAUCAAGGCUCCUGAAGGAGUGGACGAGAAGUACCUUGUUCUGAUGGCAGAUAUCUUCCCCACGGGCUACUUUGCAGCAUACAAUGCAUUCAAGAACAGCACGCCCGAACAGAUUGCAGAGCAGACUGUGGUUCUUAUCGGCUGUGGGCCCGUUGGACUUUGCGGACUGAUCAAUGCGCUCGAGUACAAGCCCAAGCACUUGUUGGCCGUUGACUCUGUGCCUUCCAGACUGGAGUUGGCCAAGUCGCUCGGUGCUGAGCCGUGGAAUUUCAUGACUGAUCGAGCUGGGCUGGAUAAGCGAGUGCAGGAACUGACCAAUGGUCGUGGUGCCGAUGCUGUUAUUGAAGUCGUCGGAUUGAGUCCUGCCCUUCGCACGGCCUACGACCUUGUGCGGCCUUGGGGUGUGAUCAGUAGUGUUGGAGUGCACAAUGCCGAGAUCCCUUGGAAUGGUGCCGAUGCCUACGAUAAAAACCUGACAGUGCAGAUGGGCCGCUGUCCCGUUCGCUCUGUCUCUGACAAGGCCUUGGAAGUUUUGAAAAAGAAUCAGCAUAAACUUGGAUUCAUGACAGAGAAUGUUAUGCCUCUGUCGCAGGCAGUGGAAGCUUAUGAGAUCUUCAAUGCCAUGAAGGUGCAGAAGGUCGUGUUUAUCGCGGACCAGUAG